AUGUUGGAUCAAGUAUAUGACGAGAUAGCAAUUUCAAUGGAAGAAAAGGUGAACUCCUUAUCAAAUGGUUAUUCCAGCAAGUGUUGCAUUAAUAAGAUUCCAGCCUUUAUUCGAAAGGGAAGUGAAGAGUGUUAUCAACCUUCAGUUGUGUCAAUUGGUCCCAUCUACUACGAUCAUCCAUCUCUUAAAACGAUCCAAGACCUGAAAUGGAUUUACUUGAAAAACUUCCUACAACAUCCCUCAAAUGAUAAUCCUAGUUUGAAGGAUUAUACCAAAUUUGUGAGAGACCAUGAAAGCGCAAUCUAUGAGUGUUUUGACCUACAUAAUGUAGGAGGCAAGCACGACAACAAUGUCGAAGUAACAGUGCAUGAUCCUUACCGGAAAUGUUAUGAACAACAUAUAGUAGAACAAAUCCGUCCUGAUAAAUUUAUCGAAAUGAUGGUGCUUGAUGCUGCAUUCAUCGUUUACUUAUUCAUAAGUAAUAGCGAUUUGGACUCAAGUACAAUCUCCAUACCAAAGAGCCAACAAGGACUAGUGCCUUACCUGGUUAAAGAUUUGUUUCUACUAGAGAACCAACUUCCUUUUUUUGUUAUCCAAGGUUUCUUUGACAUAGCAUUUGGUAAUCCCAACGAUCCACCUAGUAAAUUUAUUCACAUUAUUCUUAAUAACCUUAUUAGCAUUACUAGUUUCCCAGGAUAUAAGGUUAUGAAGAGAGUUGUUGAUAAUAAGGAAAUUAUUGAUGCAUCAACUACAAUGCAUUUAUUGGAUCUUUUGAGGAAGUGUUGCUGCUUACAUUCAAACUUAUCGCCAAUAAAUCGAGAAAGCCGAAAAGAUAAAUGUUAUCCAAGGACAGCCAAGAAACUAAGCGACAAUGGAGUAAAAUUUGAGGUACGCGAAAGUGAGUGUCCAUUGCACAUCACAUUUAAGAAGGGGAAGUUGAUGAUUCCAGAAUUUGUUCUAGAUACUGACACUGAACCUUAUUUGCGGAACCUCCUAUACUUUGAAAAAUGUCAUUAUUCCGAGGAAGAUUACAUCAAUGAUAAUUUGUUAUUCUUGGAUAAAUUGAUUGACACCAUAGAAGACGUGGAAGUACUACAAGAAGCGGGAAUUCUCUUAAAUCAUCUUGGCAGUGACGAAGAUGCAAUCAAAUUUUUCAAUAAUGUCCCCAGAAACACUACUGUAGGAAGCCAUUUUCAUUACUCACAAGUUAGUAAAGAUGCAAAUGAAUAUGCUUCCGAUUGUUGGAAUCAAUCCAAGGCUAUUUUAAGGAACAAAUACUUCCACCAUCCAUGGGCAAUUAUAUCUGUCAUUGCUGCAAUCAUACUUUUUAUUCUUAGUCUCUUACAAACUAUUAGUGGUUUCACCAAGUAA